GAGAAAAAUUUCCUUGCCGGAGUGAGCGUUGGAGAGAGGAAAGCGGUGGGAUGGGGGAGAGAAGGGGUGGAAGUAGGGAAGUGAAAUUAGUGAAGUGGGGAUAUUAAAGAGGGGCUGUCUAUUUUGGGAGGAGGCCUGGAGAUGUGGAAGUUCAGCACUUGAGAAAAUGGAUAACGCGCUAAACCCAGACGCCCCCAGGGCAUUAACAAUAGUUGAUCUCCAUUCACUCCAACUCACCCCCUCCCAAGAAAGGACUGAUUUUGUCCGGGGUUUCAAAGAGAGGACGGCACCCACCAAGGAACUGGUGAGCAGUUAUAUCAUAAGACAUAGGAGCAGAAAUAGGCCGUUUGGACCAUCGAUUCUGCUUCCACAUUCAAUUAUGUCUGUUUCCUUUUUCCCCUCUCCUCAGCCCCACUCCCCGUAACCUUUGAUUCCAUGUCCAAUCCAAAACCUAACAAACUCUGCCUUAAAUACACCCAACGACCUGGCCUCCACAGCUGCCUGUGGUAACAGAUUCACCACCCUCUGGCUAACGAGAUUUCUCCGCAUAUCAGUUGGAGCUGGGGAGGGGAUAUUUGCAGGAGUCAAUGGCGACUGGAGCAGUGGGCAGACAGCCAGAUCUAAAGGACAAAUGGUCCAAUGGGCAGGGCAGAAAAAGUUCGGUUCGGGACCACGUGAUGAAGGGGGGCUGCCGGGGAGGUCAGCUGAUCCUUACGAUGGCUAUGGUGAGUCAGAGUGUUGGGAGGGGCAGGACUGGCAGCUUAAAGUUCCGAGCUGUACAAGUUUCAGGUGUAACGUAAAGGAUUUAAGUCAGGAGCGGGAGUCACACCUCUGAAUAUAGAGAUUGACCUGUGGGGGGGGGGGGGUGCCGCAGGGAUCUUCCAAUGAGGCUACGGAGGCAAAACGGAUCUCUGCACCGGGGUAUACAGUCAAUGGCCAAAGUGAAUUGGAGGGACAGAUGUCGCCAAUGGCAGCAAGUUGGAAGGGUAGUGGGUUACCUGAGAAUCUUAACUUUCCCCGUGUGUUCAGGUAAACUCCCUCAUUACCGCCCCUUCCUCAGUGUAAGCUGCGCUGCUGCUUCUCCCAUAGCGUGACUGUCCUUAGAUACCGAUCUGCCAUGGAUCCCACGGGUUUCUGGAGGUCUUGGGGGGGUUCUGUUUACACCCGACACUAUGGGUGACCUAGAUGGGCAGGGAGUUGUGAAUGAAGGUUCUUCCGUCAGGAGGUCUCCCCGUUCUCCCACUUCCUCCACCUCCCAUCCCCUCUCCACCCGCUUCCCCCAACAAUAAUCUCGCUCUCCUUACCCUCACAGAUCACUGGGCCAGUUAAUGGCCGUUUGGCCAAUGGGCCCCUACCUACAGAUCGACCCACUCGGCAGGGGGAGGGGCUCCAGCAAGCUGCCCCCCAUCAGCUCCGAAACCCCCGGCUUUUCCAAGCUGGAUGUGCUGAAAGAACGGCUGCAGCAGAGGCUGGAGAGGGAAAGACAGGCUAAACUGACAGCCAUGUACCGACAACAGUACCACCAGGCUUUGCUCCGACUACGGGCCACCUGCCUCCCCCAGGCUCCCCGCCCACCACAGCCUUACCGCGCCGAAGAGCAACAGCCCAGCUGGUUACCAGGGGCCAAGCGGUGCCCAGGUAUCGACAGAUCCCAGCCCCUGAAGCCCAUCGACAGAGCAGUCGGACCCUGCAGCGACGUCAGCCCAGGGGACCCUGAAUCGGACUGGCAGAGGCUCCCGCGGCAGGAAGCCCCGCAACGGCCUGGCGUCAGCUACCGUCCCUCCCCGCACAAAGCCCCCAGCGACAGGGACAGGGAGACGGAGCUCGAGCCGCCGCGACCUCUCCACCGAGGUCGGGCAGGGCAGCGGCCCCAGCCCUGCUCACUGGCAGACCAGGGACGCAGCCUGACGCACGCCCGCAGCAGGGAGAACCUCAUCGAGCAGCAGCUGAGGAGGAUCGAGGCAGAGCUGAGGGACAUCCAGAGGCAGCGGGAGGCUGAGGAGGACGAAGAGAAGGAGGACGAAGAGGGGGCAGAAUGCGUCGAGAUAAUGAGGGUGGAGAGGGAGAGGGGGUGGCAGAGGGAGCGGAGGGACAGUUUGGGGAGGCACAGGUCGGAGGAGGAGAGGUCAGAGGGGGAAAGUUCAGAGGGGGAGAGGUGGGGGAGGUUAGAGAGAGAGGGGUCAGAAGCGGAUAGGGAGAGGUCAGAGAGAAAGAGAUCAGAGAGGCAAAGGUCAAGAAGAACAGGGGAGAGGUCAAGAAGAUCAGAAGGGGAAAGGCCAGGGAGGUCAGAGGGCAUGAGGCCAGGGAGGCAUUGGUCGGAGAGCGAGCGAGGGAAAAAAGAAAUAGGGAGUGAGAGGGAAGAGAGAGGAAGGGCGAGGGAGAGGAACAAAAGGGAAAAGUGGGAGAGAUCGGAGAAAGAAAGGCUGGGGGAAAUAGAAAGAGAGGUGAAGCUGAGAGAUAGAGUGAGGGUGAGGGGAGGGAGUCGAGUGGGUGGCGGAAACUGGGAGAGUGCACAUAGCCACAGGGUGGGAGGACAGAGUGACGGGAGAGAAGGAGGGAGCGACAGGGGGGCAGCAGUGGGAGACGAGAGCCCGCAGGUCGCAGAAGAAGACUGCGACCACUCAAACCCGUUUGCAGGUUACAGCGAGAGCCCAGCCGAAGAGAAGCAGAACUCACGGAACACGGAGACCGAGUGCGGGGACGGCGAGCAGAGUGGGGAUGUGGGCUGGGACGGACACUACUCCCCCGAAGAGAAGGCUCACUGCUCUUACUGCGGCCGCCGAUUCGUUCUGGACCGACUCGACACACACACGGAGAUCUGCAAGAAGGUGUACAUGCGAAAACGGAAAAUAUAUGACUCUGCGCAAAAGAGGGCCAAGGGGACGGACCUGGAGAACUAUCAAUGCAGCCACAAGAUUGUUCCGAUACCGAAAGUCAACUGGAAGAAGAAGCACGAUUCCUUCAUCCGGAUGCUGCACGCUGCCCAGCAGGCCGAGUUGGAAGUGUAUCGCCGCAGGAAGGCGGCUCAAACUGCACCAGCGGGCGCAAACCGCCCAGACUUCAUACAGUGCCCUUCCUGCAGCCGCCGCUUUGAGCACAGCGUUGCUGAGGGACACAUCCCCAAGUGCAUGAGUCUGCGCAGCUGGCCUGGCCCUUCCAAGAGGUAGCUGAACCACUCACCCAGCCCUGGGCAGUGGACCAAGCAGGGAGCAGGGAGGAGGGAGCUGUUCCCGGGCUGAAAACACCAGCCCCAGCCAAAGGAGAGACUAAUCAAAUUGUAUCACUUCAUUUAUUUAAAUAAAUAAAUAUAAUUAUCAAAUGGCAGUAGCUAUAAAGGAACAGCGUCUCAACUGUGUCUGUCCUCCAAAGGUCCACCACAGUCAGGAACACUUCAUAUGUGUAGAGCAGAGUAUUGUCACUACUACAGAGCCUGAUAAUUACAAGGCUUUGAGCUUAAUGUCAGAAUAGGGAAGUUAUUGGGAUAUAUUUUGAAGCAUAGUAUUAAAUAUUGCUUGGACAGGGAAUGAUCAGAGACUGACAGCAGAAUGGUGUCAAGGGCCAACCUGGUGUGAUGAAUUGGACUACUUUUUUGUGUGGAAUUUAGUAUAUUGAUGAGUGCAGGGCAGUAGACGAGGAUCUUCAGUAUCUCUCAGCAAAUUAACACAGCCAUGCACCAGCAGAGUCAGGCUGACUAUCCCAAUCAACCCCUACCAGUAGAUAGUUUGUCUCAGAGUAUCCUUUCAUGGAGUCCUACAGCAUGGAAACAGCCCUUUGGCCCAACUCAUCUAUAUGCUGAUCAUAUUGCCCAGUGAGCUGCUCCCACUAAGUUUGGAUUCAUAGGACAGGAAUUAUCUGCCAUAUCCCAACUGCCCUUUAUUUGCUCUCUCAUUGUCUGUUAUCCCACUUGUGGCCAUGAAACACUUUUCUGCCCCUCAUGGACCUUGCUCCAGAGCCCUGGGGUCAUCUGAACAACCUCAUCUUCCCCAUCACAGACUCACUCUGUCCUAUCCACCUCCCUCGCACUUGCUUUCAAACUAAACCUCAAUGUUUUCUCUCUGUCCCAGUACCGGUGAAGCCAACAACUGUUCUUACCUGCAUGAACCCUUCGUACUUUCGGAACACAGGGAACCUCCUCACUCCAGAGAAACCUCUACACUUCUACCUCACUGUCUAUUCUCUGACUUCAACCUACUUGCUUGAUGCCAGUGCUCUGUUGUCCCCUAGGUGUACGCUGAGCCUGGCAGUGUUCUGUAAGAAUACCCCGCCACCCUGGAUUCAGUGCCGAGGAGUGAGGGCACAGAGUUCAUCCGUCAUUCCCCACCCUCUCCCUCCCCCCGUCUGUCAAUACUGCACACACUCCCUCACCUGCCCCAGGAGGGAACGAGUCCUCGUCUGGUGGAGGGAAUGUUUCCAAAGCUGGGAGAGUCUAGAACCAGGGAGGACAGCCUCAGAAUACAAGGACACGCCUUUACAACAGAGAUGAGGAGGAAUUUCUUUAGCUGGAGGGUGGAGAGUGUGUGGAGUUAAUUGCCAUGGACAGCUGUGGAGGCCAAGUCAUUGGGUAUAUUUAAAGUGGAGGUUCAUAGGUUCUUGAUUAGUAAGGGCGUUGGAGGUUAUGGGGAGAAGGUAGAAUAGGGUUAAAAGGGAUAACAAAUCAGCUAUGAUGUAAUGGUGGGGGGG